CAGAGCCCUCUCCUUGGCACCUCAGCAACGAUUCAGCAGAGUCUUCUCCUGGGAUAGAACUCAGCAACGACCCAGCAGAGCCUUCUCCUGGGAUAGAACUCAGCAACGACCCAGCAGAGCUUUCUCCUGAGGUAGAACUCAGCUACGACCCAGCAGAGCCUUCUCCUGGGGUAGAACUCAGCUACGACCCAGCAGAGCCUUCUCCUGGGGUAGAACUCAGCAACGACCCGGCAGAGCCUUCUCCUGAGGUAGAACUCAGCUACGACCCAGCAGAGCCUUCUCUUGGGGUAGAACUCAGCUACGACCCAGCGGAGUCCUCUCCUGGGCACAAUCUUUGUACUAUAAUUGGAUUAUUUGAGUUUCAUUUGACAAACAACGACCCGGCAGAGCCUUUUCCUGAGGUAGAACUCAGCUACGACCCAGCAGAGCCUUCUCCUGGGGUAGAACUCAGCUACGACCCAGCAGAGUCUUCUCCUGAGGUAGAACUCAGCUACGACCCAGCAGAGCCUUCUCUUGGGGUAGAACUCAGCUACGCCCCAGCGGAGUCCUCUUCUGGACACAAUCUUUGUACUAUAAUUGGAUUAUUUGAGUUUCAUUUGACAAACUACGACCCAGCAGAGCCUUCUCCCUGGGUAGAACUCAGCUACGACCCAGCAGAGCCUUCUCCUGGGGUAGAACUCAGCAACGACCCAGCAGAGCCUUCUCCUGGGAUAGAACUCAGCAACGACCCAGCAGAGCCUUCUCCUGGGAUAGAACUCAGCAACGACCCAGCAGAGCUUUCUCCUGGGAUAGAACUCAGCUACGACCCAGCAGAGCCUUCUCCCUGGGUAGAACUCAGCUACGACCCAGCAGAGCCUUUUCCUGAGGUAGAACUCAGCUAUGACCCAGCAGAGCCUUCUCCUGGGGUAGAACUCAGCUACGACCCAGCACAGCCUUCUCCUGGGAUAGAACUCAGCAACGACCUGGCAGAGCCUUUUCCUGAGGUAGAACUCAGCUACGACCCAGCAGAGCCUUCUCCUGGGGUAGAACUCAGCAAUGACCCGGCAGAGCCUUUUCCUGAGGUAGAACUCAGCUACGACCCAGCAGAGCCUUCUCCCUGGGUAGAACUCAGCUACGACCCGGCAGAGACUUUUCCUGAGGUAGAACUCAGCUACGACCCAGCAGAGCCUUCUCCUGGG